AUGACUCUUGAAGGCGAUCCCUCUGCAGGCUUUUUGCGCGAUGUUUUGCAGAGCGUUACCGACCAUCCUCGAGCCGUCAUCGCUACCGCGGUUCUUGGGCUAGUGGUUCUCUUCGUAGCUGACACGUUGCGCACAUGGUACCGGCUAUCACAUGUUCCCGGUCCAUUCUGGGCGGGGUUCUCCAAAGCUUGGAUGGUGAGACAAUCCUUCAAAGGGAUUCAACCUUAUGCGAUUCAACAAGCCAAUGAGAAAUAUGGAUCUCUCGUGCGCAUUGGGCCCAAUGAGCUAGCGACUGAUGAUCCCAAGCUGCUCAAGCGGAUGAUGUCAAGUCGCUCUGCUUAUACAAGAGGACCUUGGUAUAAUGCUCUUCGUUUCGAACCUGGAAAAGAUAACCUUUUCUCCAUGAGAGAUGAUGACGCCCAUGCAAAGCUGCGCAACAAGAUGGCCGCUGGCUACUCCGGCAAAGAAAACGAGUCCCUCGAGCGCACCAUUGACGAACACAUUGCCAAACUCAUCAACCUCCUGGAAACAAAGUAUCUCUCAACAGACAAAGACUACCGCCCAGUGGACUUUGCUCAAAAGAUCCAGUUCUUCACUCUAGAUGUCAUCAGCGAUCUUGCAUUUGGUCAAGCAUUUGGGUACAUGGAGCAAGAUGAUGAUGUCUUUGACUUUAUCAAGAUCACAAAGUCUUACUUCCCUGUCACGUUGAUCAUGGCAAAUAUCCCAUCGCUCGUGUCUCUGCUGCACUCAAAGCUAUUUAGUGGCGCGUUGCCGAAGGAGAGUGAUAAGCUUGGCUUUGGGGCUUUCAUCGGCGUUGCCAACAAGAAGGUCGCAGAACGAUUUGCGCCAGGUGCUCAAUCUCAUCCAGACAUGCUGGGAUCUUUCAUCCGCCACGGUCUAACCCAGGAACAAGCUUCGCGAGAGUCCCUUCUCAACGUUGUCGCUGGAAGUGAUACCUCAGCAACUACAAUCCGCCUCAUCAUGCUCAGUCUCCUAAGCAAUCCCAUGAUGUACCUCAAACUUCGAAACGAAAUCGACGACGCAAUCAAGGCCGGAAGUAUCUCAUCACCCAUCACCGACGCUGAAGCGAGAAAGCUUCCUUAUCUUCAAGCUGUUAUCCAAGAAGGUCUUCGCAUUAAAGCCCCUGCAGCUGGCCCACUGUUCAAGCAAGUUCCACCUCAGGGCGAUGAGAUCGCUGGCAAGUUCAUACCAGGUGGAACACAGAUCGGACAAUCGCCAUUUGCUGUUUAUCACUCCAAAGAGAUCUUCGGUCAAGACGCGAGUCUCUUUUCGCCUGAGCGAUGGAUUAAUGCGGACCCAGCGAAGUAUGAGGCCAUGGCUGAAGUUUGCCUGGGUAAACCUGUUGCGUUUAUUGAGUUGAACAAGAUCUUUGUCGAGGCAAGUUCCAUCGCUGUUAUCGAUACAAUAGAGACUAACCAGGCCGAACAGCUGUUGCGACGCUUUGACUUUUGUAUGGCUCGCCCUGAGAGACCACUUCAUAUAAUGAAUGCUUUAUUUACCCUGAAAACCAAGUCUAUUUUCAGCGUCAUUCUUUUUUGCUUAAAUCGCUUCAUCGGAACCAUGAUUGGCUCGAGUGUUUUAUUCGCGUUUGGUCUUGUGACUAAUGUUGCUAUUGCCAGCGUAUGCAAGCCUCGACCUUCCGACAGCUCCAGUGCUUCUUCUGUCGAGAGUGUGACAUUGAGUAUUUCUGCCACCGCUCCAACGACGACUGUCGCCGCUGAAACAACAACCGCUACUUCUGCCGAUCUGUCGACUACCUUCGCCUCUACUGUUGGCGAUGAGACUACCACAGAGGCUAUAGGGACGGCUACCACCACUGAAACAUCAGUGACUGUCGAUUUCUCAACUACCAUUGAGACAACUGGCACUGCAGAGACCGCCAUCACUAACGCUAUAACCACUGCCGCGACUACGACUGCAGAGACAACGACAGCCGAUGCCACCACCACAACCGCAGAUACCUUCGUCCCAAUCCCAACAUUCGACGUCCUCGCUAUCGGCGCUCAAGUCGACGGCCAAAAGCUCCGCGGUCACGUAACAACAGACUACGAAAUGGGAUGGAAUAUGGACCGUACACCCCCAAUCCUCGCCUUCUCCAUUGACCCCGACACAAACCAGGUCAAGGAAGUCAAUGGAAACUACCUCUGUCUUCAAUACGGCGAUCCUAACGAAGACUACCCCAACUUUCUUAAACUUUGCGACCCCGGCAGUGUCACCAACAUCGAUAUUGGACUUGGUAUGGUUACUUGUGAGCAGACUCGUGAUCGCAGGCUUGAGUGCUCGGCCCCAGCUGCGCAGUGCGUGGAGGAUGAUAUGACCAGGAUGGUGACUUGUUCGGCGCUCCCUGGGACAGUUACGGGCUUUUAUACAUAUUCAGGCAUCGCAUUGGCGGAAUCUCGCACGACAAUGAUCUUUACUGAGACUCACACCGUCGAUACUACCAAUACUGCGACUGUCGAUGUCUCUGCCAACACAGCCACGUCUACUGUUGACAUGCUGUCUGCUGCAACUACAUCAACGAUCGAUGCAACCAAGAUUACCACCACAGCUGAGUCAACUAUAACAUCAGACCUUCCUACAAGCGUAUCAGCAUCCGAGCCCUUCGAGACAUUCGACGUUCUUGCUAUCGGCGGCUCCAUCAAUAGACAAUACAUGAAGGGCGGAGUAAAUGAGGGCUCAAUGAUGGGAUGGGAUCUCACAGGCACCGGGACAGGCCACAUGCCUUCGUUCACCAUUGAGCCCGGCACAAACUAUGCCAAAGUGCUGCGCAACGAUCUUUACUUAUGCAUUGGAUACGGAGACGGUAGCGAGCCCAACUUCGUCGUAACGGAUGGGCUAUGGCUUGCUAUAGAUUCGGCUAGUAAUCCGACUUCUGGUAGCCCUUUUCAACCCAUCGAGCUUGGAAUUACGCCAAAUGAGUCCAAGUAG